UCAUGCGUACGUGAGGUGCCGCUAGAGGACGCGCAGAUCGGUCGAGUGGAACCAGAACCCGAAAGCUGAACUGUUGGCUGCUGUCAACGUCUAUUCGACGAACUACCGAAAUUAGAAGAGUGUAUCAAGUGUUAAAAGAUUAGGUUGUCGAAGAAAGUUUUUUUUUGUUUUAUCAUGAAGCUGCUAUGGGGUCUCAGCACCCUUCUCCUGUGCGUUUACCGAGCUAGCGCCUCGACAGCGGGCUUUAUCAAGUCUCCCCUGUCCCAGACAAAGCUGAUCACCGACAGUGUGGAUCUGCAUUGUGAAGUGAUAGGGAACCCCAUACCUGAGGUACAAUGGUGGUUUAUAGAGGGGGAGGAGCCCAAUGAGUCCUUCACCCAGCUCUUUGAUGGAGCAAGGGAUGACCGUGUGCGAAUAAAUGCCACAUAUAUCGCACAUGCUACAAGCACCAUUCAGCUCACUAACCUCACUCACAGUGACACUGGUACAUAUGAGUGCCGCGCUUCCAACGACCCUGACCGCAAUGAACUGAAGAAGACGCCCAAAAUCAAGUGGAUUCGCUCGCAGGCAAACAUUAUUGUGAUUGAAACACCAAACAUCAUUGCCGAACCAGCUGAGGUUUACAACCAGACCUCUGCUGUGCUCAGCUGCAACCUGACGGAGUCCAGUCUUCCUAUCAAGGGAUCCUACUGGCAGUUCAAUGGCAAAAUCAUUGAAAAUUCCAAAUCCAGCAAAGAAACUCCAUACACUACACUGACUUUGGAUAAGAUCACUUCUCGUUCAGGUGGAAAGUAUGAAUGUGUGUUUGAGACCGAACCAGUGGUACAACAGGCAAUUGAAGUCAAAACAACUCCCCAUGUUGCUGCCUACAAACAUUCUGAGCACGGCAAUGAGGGGGACAAGGCUGUGAUGAUUUGUGUGAGCCAAGGGUUCCCACUACCCACCGACUGGAGCUGGUUCAAAAUGAAUCCAGAUGAGAGUAGAUUGGCUAUCACCAAUGGCACCGGUGACAAAUAUGAGAUCAAGAACACCCCUAACAAGACCAUUCUGACUAUCCAGAAGUUGAACAUUGAUGAGGACAUGGGAGACUACUUCUGCACUGGAUUCAAUGACUUGGGCACUGAGAGUGACAAGAUCCACCUGCGUGUCCGCAGCCGCCUGGCUGCCCUCUGGCCCUUCCUGGGCAUUGUGGCUGAGGUUAUCAUCCUGGUCACAAUCAUCUUUAUUUAUGAGAAGAGGAGAAAGCCAGACGAGGUCAACGAUGAUGAUGACUCAGGAACUGCUCCACUGAAGAGCAAUGCUGCCACAAACCACAAGGACAAGAAUGUGAGGCAAAGGAAUUCUAACUAAGACAACUGAAGGAGAAGAACAUCCAGAAGACAGCAAUCCAGGAUUUGAAGAGCAUUCAGCUGUUGUGUGUGUGACACAUUUUAAUAGUGCAUCCUACAAUUUCUAGAUAACUUUGUGCUUAGGUGUUAAUGUUUUAAGAGAUGGACUGAUUUCCUCCCAUUUUACUUUCUCCUGUAUUCCUCAAAUGAUGUUCCAACGGGGACAUAUUUCGGCUUCAAGCCAUGGGACAAAUAUUGCAUGACUUUAUUGCUGUUCUAGCAAAGUGUUUGUCUGUAGUAAAUGCCAUUGUAAUGUUAAUGUGAGGAAUGCUAAUUAAUUUCUUUUGCGCUAAUUCUUCAUAAACUGUCCCUCACAGCUGUUAUUAUCUGUGCAUACUUGCGAGCCGCAAAUGCCACUUACAGUAUAGGUAGCACAAGUUCUAUUGGUAAGAGUCAUGGUGCAACACCCCCCACCUCCACCCCCUGCUUUUAGCAGUAACCAAAAUGCUUUUGACAUCAACUUUGUACUCUGACCCCAUACACUCAUAAACCACCGUUUGGAGUUUUCCAUUUUGCCUU